AUGCCAGACAUAACCACCUUGGGCAGCCAUAACGGCGGUGACGCAGUUGUGGACGAGGAAGCCGCACAUGAUGCAAUUCCAGGUCACCCUCUAGGUGUCAAACCGAGUGGCAAUGCACUUUUCGCCUCUGAGAACAUUCGAAAUGCGAUUGGCACAUUCAAUCUGGUACCCGACGAGUUGAUUCUGAUAUUAUUGGAGUUCCUUGACUGCCGGAGCCUUUUGCAGCUGGGCCAGACAUGCAAGGCGUUUUAUGCUUUCACGAGGACGGAGGACUUAUGGAAGGCCCUUUUUACCAGCUCUUCCCCUGCAUCGUUUGCCUGGAGAGGAACAUGGCGCGCCACGUACCUGAACCUGCAACCUUCUAGAGUCGCCUAUCUGGACUGUUCGAGCCUGUUUUCAGAUACCUUGCAUCGACCGUUCUACUGUGCGCACCUUUCCCUAGACCCAUACGCCUCUAAUAUCCCUGCUCGAAACCAAAUCACCCGCCUACCGAACCUUACCCCCGAAGAAUUUCAGGAGAAAUGGUCGAACACGCCGUUCAUCCUUACAGAACCUGUGAAAGAAUGGCCAGCAUAUCACCAAUGGUCAGUGGAAACACUGCUACCUAAACAUGGAGAGACACCGUUCCGAAUAGAGGCGGUGGACUGGCCUCUAAGGACAUACGUGGACUACAUGAACAAUAACUCGGAUGAAAGCCCAUUGUAUCUCUUCGACAAGGAGUUCGUUUCAAAGAUGGGAAUCAAGGCGGGACCUCGAGACCAGGAGCCAGAUGCUAUGUACUGGCCGCCACCUUGUUUCGGAGAAGACUUUUUUUCGGUUCUUGGGAACGACCGACCUGAUAGACAGUGGCUCAUAAUCGGACCCGAAAGAUCUGGAAGUAAGUUCCACAAGGAUCCCAAUGCUACCAGUGCUUGGAAUGCCGUCGUUCGUGGCUCUAAAUACUGGAUUAUGUUCCCUUCCUCAUCUAAGCUCCCGGCUCCACCUGGAGUAUACGCGUCGGAGGAUCAAAGUGAGGUGACUUCCCCACUAAGUAUCGCGGAGUGGCUUUUGGGCUUCCAUGCUGAGGCCCGCCGUACACAAGGUUGUAUCGAAGGCAUCUGCGGGGAAGGAGAAAUUCUCCACGUUCCAUCUGGAUGGUGGCAUCUGGUGGUAAACCUUGAACCCGCUAUCGCAGUUACGCAGAACUUUAUCCCACGUGCCCACUUGACCGCCGCAUUGGAUUUCCUUUCCAACAAAGCCGACCAGGUAUCUGGUUUCCGGAGAGGCGUUACUAAUCCAUACGAACGAUUCGUGGCCAAGAUGCAGGAAUCCGACCCGGAAUCUUUGCAGAGUGCUCUAGACGAGCUGAAAAAGAAAUCCGAAGGCAAGAAGCGCAAGUGGGAUGAAAUCGUACACGGCAAACCGAGCACAGAUGAUGCGAAUGGCGAGCCCGACACCGGUGGAUUUAGCUUCGGAUUCGGUGACGACAGUGAUGCGGAAGUCCCAUGA